AUGGAUCUCUUUCCUGAAGAACAUGACGGUAUAGCGGUACAGGAUGACGACGACGACGUUGAUUCGCUUGAUGCUGGGAGUCUCAAAACUGAUUCGACGUCACUCUGCAGCUGGGUGGCCGAGUAUAGAGAGGAGAAUGGCCGGACUUAUCACAGUUACAAAGACGGUGCUUAUUAUGGUGCGAACGAUGAAGAUGCAAAGUGUCACAUGGAUAUCUGUCACGCACUUUACACGCAGACUUUCAACGACAAGCUUUUCCUCGCACCUAUUGACCCAUAUCCACAGCAAAUCCUCGACCUUGGCACUGGCACAGGCAUCUGGGCAAUAGAUAUGGCAGAAGAAUAUCCUUCUGCUAUUGUUGUUGGUACCGACCUUUCGCCAAUCCAACCAAACUGGGUACCGCCUAAUUGCAAGUUCAUGGUCGAUGAUAUGGAGGAGGACUUUUGCUGGUCGGACAAUCACUUCGACUAUAUCCAUAUUCGUGGACUCCACGGUACGAUCCGGAACUGGCCACGGCUAUACAGGCAGUGUUUGCGCGUCCUCAAGCCAGGAGGUUAUAUAGAACAUGCGGAGUACUCAGCACAAUUCACAACAGAUGACGACUCGGUCCCUUCAGAUGGGGGCGUCGCUGCCUGGAAUGCGGUAGGACCAGAAUGUCAUGAAGUGCUCAAAACCGAAUUGCAAGUCCUGGAGAAAACGGCAGACAAUCUGAGGGCGUCAGGCUUCUCUGACGUUGAACAGCAUGGCUUUAAAUGGCCUAUAGGUACUUGGCCUAAGCGGAAGGAGCUGAAAAAAUUGGGCCGCCUCGCGUAUGCUCAUAUCGAUACUGGGCUGGAAAACUGGACAUUGCGCUUAUUGACAAGUGUCCUGGGCUGGAGCGCAGAGGAGGUGUAUGUGCUAUGUGCCAACGUUCGACAGGAUUUAUGCAACUCAAAAGUCCAUGCAAUUCACAAAAUGAAUGUCGGUUGGGGUAGAAAGGCGAGUUAA